AUGGCAACUUUCAGGUUGUUAGGCGAGCACUAUGUGUUGUGUCUGUUGCUCACUUGUCUGUGGUUGGUUGUUCGCAGGGGAGGGGAGACUAAGCGAGGCAGAGGCAGACCCAGCAAGCGCCAUCUAGAGGGGGAUUCUGGAGCCACCCCUGACAAGUGUCCCAGGAAUUCAUCUGCUACUAAGUCUGUUUCCGCAAAAAACACAAGACGGAGCAGCCAAAGCCCUAGCACUAGCAGUCGUAGUCGCACCCGUUCCUUUAGCAAAACAUUGGAAGUAGAGUCUGUGAUAAGUCAUACUCGUACUCAACCCACCGCUUCAAACAAUUCAGUUGAAAUAGUAGAGAACCACACCGCCGCACACAGUAACAGUAGCAGUAAGAAAAAGUCGAAGAAGAGAAGUUCCAAGUCUCCGAAGCAAGUGCACGUUGUCGAGGUUCAAUCAGAGCCUGUACUGCGUCAUCAUCCACAGAGACAGACAGACAAGAAGAGGGACCGCAGUGAAGAUAGUAACUGCAGCACUAGCGAGCCACAGCCAAACGAGGCCGGCACCAGUAAGAGUAAGAAGAAGCGAGAAUCCACAUCAGGACGAAACAACAAAGCGAACUGUCUGGUCAGAAAACAAUACCCACUUCGCAGUCACUCGCGGCUGCCAGUCGCAACCUCUCUCAAGCCCACCGAGACACUGGGCGGGAGUCAGUGGAGUGGAGUGAGCAGUGGGGUGGCCCCGGCGUCACUGAGACGCAGUGCUCGCAGUUCCACCACGGGCUCCUGUACGUCCACUAGCCGUAGGUCGUCGCGCGGGGGUGUGAAGUUGGCCCUGGAGUGUUCUGGGGGUGCGAUGUCAGUGUCAGGCCGCGACGAUGCCACGCCAACCCCUCCCACACCCACCCCCGCCUCGACCGCACCUCCACCUCCGCACGACUCAGCGACGGCCCAGGCCGCACCCGUGGGUGUGAGUGGCCCCAGCAGUGGGGAGAGAGACAGUGAGAGUGACGACAGUGAGGUGGGGAGACUGCAGGCGCUACUAGAGGCGAGGGGUCUGCCACCACACCUGUUAGGCGCACUGGGCCCUCGCAUGCAGCACCUGCUACAUCGCAGCAUGGGCCAGGGCAGCAGCAGCAAGGCUCAACAGCUGCUACAGGGAUUGCAGGCUACCGGCGACGAGGGGCAACAGCUACAGGCUGUGAUAGAGAUGUGUCAGAUGCUGGUGAUGGGCAAUGAGGACACAUUAGCUGGCUUCCCUGUCAAACAAGUGGUGCCAGCACUCAUCACCCUGCUCACUAUGGAACAUAACUUUGAUAUGAUGAACCAUGCGUGUCGUGCACUCACCUACAUGAUGGAAGCAUUGCCUCGCUCGUCAGCCGUGGUGCUGGACGCUGUGCCAGUGUUCCUAGAGAAGUUGCAGGUGAUUCAGUGCAUGGAUGUGGCAGAACAGAGCCUUACUGCGUUGGAGAUGCUGUCCCGACGUCACAGCAAAGCUAUACUGCAGGCGAGAGGUGUAUCAGCCUGUCUCAUGUACCUGGACUUCUUCAGCAUCAAUGCUCAGAGAGCUGCUCUGGCUAUCACAGCUAACUGUUGCCAGAACUUGCAUGCUGAGGAGUUCCAUCUAGUGUCUCAGUCUCUACCACUGUUGGCCUCCAGGCUACUCAACAGACUGAUAAAUUUUGUAUUUUUCAAAGUUGAAGACAAAAAGAGUGUAGAAAGUGUGUGCCUCGUGUUCAGUCGUCUGGUCGACAGCUUCCAGAACGACACAGCCAAGCUGCAGGAGCUAGCCAGUCCUGAACUGCUCACCAACUUGCAGCAACUGAAAUAA